GGAAGGGUGGGGAGAAGGGGAGAGGAAGCGAGGACGACUAGGAGCCAGCGAGGAGGCCGCGGCGGGCACGUCGGCCGGGCCGCCCCCGCGAACAAAGCGCCGCCAUUCCGCUGCUCGGGGCGCCGCCGCCGCAGCCCGCGCGCCCGGGGGCCAUGCUCCCGCCGCCCCCGCGCCAGCCGCCGCCCCAGGCGCGCGCGGCCCGCGGUGCGGUGCGCCUGCAGCGGGCCUUCCUGCGCGGCCCGCUGGGCGUGCUGCGGCUGCUGCAGCUGGUGGCCGGCGCCGCGUUCUGGGUCACCAUCGCCACCAGCAGGUACCAGGGCCCCGUGCACUUCGCGCUCUUCGUGUCCGUGCUCUUCUGGCUGCUGACUCUGGGCCUCUACUUCCUCACGCUGCUGGGCAAGCACGAGCUGGUGCCCGUGCUGGGCUCGCGCUGGCUCGUGGUCAACGUGGCGCACGACCUGCUGGCGGCCGCGCUGUACGGCGCCGCGACGGGCAUCAUGAUCGACCAGACGCAGAGGCACAGCUACUGCAACCUGAAGGAUUACCAGAUGUCCUGCGCCUACCACGCCUUCCUGGCGGCUGCCGUCUGCGGCGGCCUGUGCCUCGGCCUCUACCUGCUCUCGGCGCUCUACGGCUGCUGCCGUCGCUACCAGGGUGAACAGGAGGUGGCGUGAGGCCGCCGCGCGCGCGCGGGGCGGGGACCCUGCGUAGGACAGCGCCCCAGUCCUCCCGCCGCCGCCCCGCGCCCGUGUGCCGUGGCACCCACCCCCUGCCUUGCGUCCCCGCCGCCUCCUACGCCCAGGCACCCUUGUCACGCAGUUCCCGCCCGACGGCAGCGCCGCCGCCCUGAGUCCAGUCAGCUGCGCGACAUGCGCAGCCUCCAGGGACCAGCAAGGCUACAUCCGAGGAGCGGACGCACACUCUGGGACUGACAGCUCUGCUGCGAACUUCGGGGUUCCUCCUUCCCUUCCCUGCUGAGGGCGAGACGUGGACAGGCGCCGCGUAGAUCCGGGGAGGUGCCCAUAUCGCAGCCACUCUAAUGGCUGCGCCACUGCCGCUCUCUCCCCUCCCCGCAGUCGCAAGGGCCCCCCUUUUGCUUGGCCCCUCUUCCAGCCGCAAGUGCUGCAGAAGGCGGCGUGCAGUCGCCAGCGGAGCUGGGGACAGUCCUCCACUGGUCCCGGGAUGAGCAACGAGUGUCGUUUUAGUUUGGGAUUGUGCGGGCAUCUUGCGCAGCCCUUCCCCGCCCGUCCCUCGGUGCUUUGAUGUCGUGGGUGGGGCCCACCUGCAAAGGUGAGGAUGGGCAGAAGUAGGUGUACUAUUGCACCUUCAGAGCCUUCUCUCGCCCCAGCCAGCUCCGCCUUUGGCCUCGCGGUUCGUGGAGGCCAGGCCCAAACGCACACUAGCUUCCCUGGCCUCAGCUUCCUAGCCUUCGUCCCACAGGCUUCUCUGCCCCACCCCCGCCUCCCAGCAGCUUUUGGCAUUGGGGAUCCCACACGCCUGUCAAGGAAUGUUAGGUUAGCGUGAGUCCCACUCCUUGCUCUUGGGAACAGCCAUAAUAAGAUUAGAACUCCGUGUGCAGACUCCCAGUCCAGUGCUGUUCACAUUAAAGCAGUGGGUGUUCCCGGGAAUCCUGGCUCGGGAGCUACCCUGGGGGUUUCACAACCACAUGGGUUGGUCAAAGGUGCUAUCUACCCCUGGAGUUUCACGAUGUUCAUUAACAUAUCACAGACUUUGCGAAAGCCCAGUGUAAAAGAAGCCCAAGUAAUUUAGUGUACAGUGUUAAUUUACUGCCUCUGGACCUGGACCAGUUUUACCCACCUUAAGGUUCUAAGCAGCCCUGUGCUGUUCCUGCUUGCAUUCACUCCAAGGGGUCCAACCGAUUGGCUGUGGUCUGACUGAAGAUUUGGACUGCUGCUCCUUUCCCAGGGCGUUUGUCUAGCAGACGGAAGGCCUGUGAGGGAAGAGAGCUGUCCUCGCUGGGCCAGUGGGAGACUUGGGAACUGGUGGAUUUGAACAUUCCUUUACACUGUUUGGGAAAUGAAGCAAAGGUUAUCCAGAUGGUUUCCCAGUCAAAAAGCAUGUCACCUGUAAGAGAUCCUGACAUGACUGUGAGCAGCUGGCAGGAGUGGUCACUCACCAGAGAAAACCCCCUAAACCUGGGGUGAACAGCUGGCCCAGCCUCUGUAAGGUUUCCAUGUUGCUGAGGCCAUGGGGAUUUCCAGAGCUGGUCAUGCCAACCCCUCCUAGGGCCUGUUUCCCUAGGCGGGCAACACCAUUCUGGCCUGGGCCAGCAGAGGGUUUCAGAGUGGGGAGAGAGACCAGCCUCUGCUCAGCAGCUUCCCUUCAACACCGUCCAAUGGAAGAUCCAAGAUGGGUGAAGGUUCCAGACACCUGGAACUGAGCUGUGUGACACUGUGCCCUAAAUGGUGGGUUUUAGCACCAGCUUUUCUUCCUUUUCUUUUUUUAGAACACCAUCUAAGCUACAUCCUGAGCUCAGAUCCAGCCCAGCUCUUGGUGCUUGGUCUGUGGUCAGGUGACCUUCCUCAGGAGCAGAGACCUCCUGGGCCUUCAUGGUACCUUAUCCAUCCAUAUGUGCCUAAAACAUUCUAGAGCUCACUGGCUUUUCCGCUUGGCCUCCAGCUGCUUCUCCAGCUGUGAGAAGGACUUGUAAGGGAACCCCUACAUCCACCCCCACCCCCAUUGAGGUCCUGAGCCAUAGGAAUGGCCACUUGACCUGGCCUAGAACUUCUGGAUACUGGAGGCAGUCUCAUUGGCCUGCCUCUUGGACUCAGUCCAACCUGAGACCACUGUGGGCUGUUCCCAGCCCAAAAGUCUGGGACAACUUGUAAACCCAGGAAAAGAUUUUUUCAGUGUUCUACAAAGGCCAAAGAGAGGGUGGGUGUGGGAGGCGUGAGGGCUGAUAGGGAGUGGGGACCAAAGUGCCUCAUUUAAUAGUUUAGUGGUGAUUACUGAUACUCUUUUCUGAAUAAAGUUUGGUUUGUCUGA